AUGUCUGGUCGCGGAAAGGGCGGAAAGGGACUCGGAAAGGGCGGCGCCAAGCGUCACCGUAAGAUUCUUCGCGACAACAUCCAGGGUAUCACCAAACCCGCCAUCCGUCGCCUGGCUCGUAGAGGGGGUGUGAAGCGUAUCUCGGGUUUGAUCUACGAGGAGACCCGAGGCGUGCUCAAGAUCUUCCUUGAAAACGUCAUCCGUGACUCUGUCACCUACACUGAACACGCGAAGCGGAAAACCGUCACCGCGCUUGACGUUGUUUACGCUCUCAAGCGUUCCGGUCGUACCUUGUACGGCUUCGGCGCAUGA